GAGGAAGUGAGCGCAGUGUAGUGGAAUGUAGUUGCCAUUAGUGGGAGUUGAACUGAGGCUGGCUAACAGCUAGCCUGCUAUGUGAAGUCUGAGCUAGAGACGCAGAGGAGAGUGAUGAAAACAUGCCUCACUUCACAGUGGUACCGGUGAAGGAUCAAGCUCAGUCCAGCUACGACAGUCUAGAGGGGGUUAACUGGGUGGAUUACAGGGACACUGGACAGGACUACCCUGAUCAUCAAGAUACUGUCAGCUCUGAUGGACAUGGGAAUCAUAAAGAAGACAGCCCAUUUCUCAGCAGUACAGAUGCUGCUAGCAAGAAGAAUGACUUCUAUGACAAGAACCUGGCUUUGUUUGAGGAAGAGCUGGACAUCCGGCCGAAGGUCUCCUCUCUGCUCAGCCGCUUGGUCAGCUACACCAACAUUACCCAGGGAGCCAAGGAGCAUGAGGAGGAGGAAAGCGCUCAGGCCUCACGUAGGAAGACACCCAAGUCUCCCAACAUGGGCACUCUGAUGGGAGUCUACUUGCCGUGUCUCCAGAACAUUUUUGGUGUCAUUCUUUUCCUCCGACUGACAUGGAUUGUUGGGAUGGCUGGCAUCAUGCAGUCCCUUCUGAUUGUCCUCAUGUGCUGCUCAUGUACAAUGCUCACAGCCAUAUCAAUGAGUGCCAUUGCUACUAAUGGUGUUGUUCCAGCUGGAGGGGCAUACUUCAUGAUCUCACGCUCCCUUGGCCCUGAGUUUGGAGGAGCUGUGGGACUGUGCUUCUACUUGGGCACCACUUUUGCUUCUGCCAUGUACAUACUGGGGGCCAUCGAAAUCUUCUUGAAAUAUCUGGUCCCCCAGGCGGCCAUCUUUCACGCCACAGACUCUCCUGGGAGUGACAGUGCCAUGUUGAACAAUAUGCGUGUCUAUGGCUCUAUCUGCCUCAGCCUGAUGGCUGUGGUGGUUUUUGUAGGAGUGAAAUAUGUCAACAAGCUGGCCUCUCUUUUCCUCGCCUGUGUCAUUAUCUCUAUUGUCUCUAUUUAUGCUGGGGCAAUAAAGUCCAUGACUCAUCCGCCAGAAUUCCCGAUCUGCAUGCUGGGAAACAGGACUUUGGUGAGAGAUCGUUUUGAUGUGUGUGCUAAGACUGUGAUAAAAGGAAACAUCACAGUGCCCAGUCAGCUGUGGGACAGGUUCUGUCUCCCGGGAAACAUGAGCAGCGCUCAGUGUGAUGAAUACUUCAUCCAGAACAAUGUGACAGAGAUACCGGGCAUCCCUGGACUGGGCAGUGGGAUUAUUAGAGAAAACAUGUGGGGCGACUACCUGCAGAAAGGGGAUAUCUUAGAGAAACCGGGGCUACAGUCAGUGGAUGCCCAUGGUGCCAUGGAGAACUUUGGCAUGUAUGUGUCCGCAGACAUCGCUACAUCAUUCACACUCCUGGUGGGGAUCUUCUUCCCAUCUGCCACAGGUAUCAUGGCAGGCUCCAACAGAUCUGGGGAUCUCCGUGAUGCACAAAGGUCCAUUCCUGUGGGAACUAUCUUAGCUAUUACUACUACUUCACUUGUGUAUUUCAGUUCUGUGGUCCUGUUUGGCGCUUGUAUUGAAGGAGUAGUCCUUAGAGACAAGUUUGGUGAUGCUGUUCGAAAAAACUUGGUGGUGGGAACGCUGUCCUGGCCGUCCCCGUGGGUUAUCGUCAUUGGCUCCUUCUUCUCUACAGUUGGGGCAGGCCUGCAGUCCCUCACUGGGGCUCCUCGACUUUUACAGGCCAUUGCCAAGGAUAAUAUCAUUCCUUUCCUCAGGGUGUUUGGUCAUGGAAAGACAAAUGGAGAGCCUACAUGGGCACUUCUACUGACCGGCCUCAUAGCUGAGCUGGGCAUCCUUAUUGCCUCACUGGACAUGGUAGCACCAAUCCUUUCCAUGUUCUUCCUGAUGUGCUAUCUCUUUGUGAACUUAGCUUGUGCAGUUCAGACUCUUUUACGCACACCCAACUGGAGGCCACGGUUUAAAUAUUACCACUGGGCUCUGUCCUUCCUUGGCAUGAGUAUGUGUCUGGCUCUAAUGUUCAUCUCGUCUUGGUACUACGCUAUUGUCGCCAUGGGCAUUGCUGGAAUGAUCUACAAGUACAUUGAGUACCAGGGAGCAGAGAAAGAGUGGGGAGACGGAAUAAGAGGACUGUCCCUUAGCGGCGCACGAUAUGCACUGUUAAGACUAGAGGUUGGACCCCCGCACACCAAAAACUGGAGGCCUCAGCUGCUGGUGCUGUUGAAGCUGGAUGAGGACCUUCAUGUGAAAUAUCCUCGACUGCUCACCUUUGCCUCACAGCUGAAGGCAGGAAAGGGUCUGACCAUCGUGGGCUCUGUCAUCCAGGGCAACUUCCUGGACAGCUAUGGGGAAAUGCAAGCAGCUGAACAGGCCAUUAAGAAUAUGAUGGAGAUCGAGCGAGUUAAGGGUUUCUGCCAGGUCGUGGUGGCAUCCAAGGUGCGGGAGGGCGUUGUCCAUCUGAUCCAGUCCUGUGGUCUGGGGGGCAUGAAGCACAACACUGUGGUAAUGGGCUGGCCAUACGGCUGGAGACAGAGUGAAGACCCUCGUGCCUGGAAGACUUUUAUCAACACAGUCCGCUGCACCACAGCUGCCCACCUGGCUCUGAUGGUGCCCAAAAAUGUGUCCUUCUACCCAAGCAACCAUGAACGCUUCACAGAUGGCAACAUUGAUGUGUGGUGGAUCGUUCAUGAUGGGGGGAUGCUAAUGCUGCUGCCUUUCCUGCUCAAACAACAUAAAGUUUGGAGGAAAUGCAAGAUGCGCAUCUUCACUGUGGCUCAGAUGGAUGACAACAGCAUCCAGAUGAAGAAAGAUCUGGCCACGUUCCUUUAUCAGCUGAGAAUAGAGGCUGAGGUGGAGGUGGUGGAGAUGCAUGAUAGUGACAUCUCAGCAUACACCUACGAGCGGACGUUAAUGAUGGAGCAGAGGUCCCAGAUGUUGAGGCAAAUGAGGCUGUCAAGUGCAGAAAGACAAAGAGAGGCCCAGCUGGUUAAGGACAGACACUCUUUGGUGCGAAUGGGAAGUCUAUACUCAGAUGAGGAGGAGGAGGUGGUGGAGGCUCCUCCAGAGAAGGUUCAGAUGACGUGGACAAGAGAGAAGGUUGAGGCUGAGAGGCGGAACAGGAACAAUGCGCCUGAGAACUUCCGAGAACUCAUGAGCCUCAAACCGGAUCAGUCCAAUGUGCGGCGAAUGCAUACGGCUGUGAAACUGAACGAGGUAAUAGUCAACAGGUCCCAUGAUGCUCGAUUAGUGUUGCUCAACAUGCCAGGUCCACCUCGAAACACAGAUGGUGAUGAGAACUAUAUGGAGUUUCUGGAGGUGUUGACUGAAGGCCUGGAAAGAGUGCUGCUGGUCCGAGGCGGAGGUCGGGAGGUUAUCACUAUCUACUCAUGACCAAUUAUAGCACAUUGCUACACAGGAGCAUCGGCCUCAACAGAAUACAUUCCACCUCUGGACACAAGGCAGCACCUGCUCUGCUGUCAGACGGUUCUGGGUAGAUGCAUGAAUUUGAUGCUUUUAGUGUGAAGUAUGGACUUUUGAGUACAAAAGAGGUUUAUUCUAUUCUUGUAGAAUAUUGGGACACAUUAGUGUACAAAUCCACCUGUAUGUUCACGGCUCUGCCAUUCUUGCAAAUGAAAGCCUUUUUCAUUUUAUACAUUUUUUAGCCUCAGAAAUCAAUACCUGUGUGUCAAACUGAGAAACACACACUUUAGUAUUUUCUUAUUUAUAGGUCUUCAUAUGUGCUAAUAAACCUGUAUUUGACGAGUUGGCUCUUCUGAGUUGUACACGUUGUUACAACUGUUUUAAUGAUAUGCCAGAUUUUUAUUCUGAAACAGCUCUUUAUUUUGGAAGCACAUCUCUAUUUAUUUAUUUAUUUUUUCGACAUUUCCCCACUGAGGUAAAAAAAAAAGUGACUGUAGAUAAUGAACACAGUGCUUGAUUGUUGUUUGUCCUGUAUUCAGUAGGUGGCACACAAUCCCAUUAGUAUAUGUGGAUACCAGAGAUCAUAAAGUUUUUAAGAGUUAUAAUUUAUGAUUUUUAUGGACAGAUUUUGUGUUAUUGGUGUAUAUGAAUAACUUUUGAACUGUAACAUUUGUAUUUCUUCUGCAAACCUGAAAAGAUUUUCUGCACACAAAAAACAGGGCUUGAUUUAAUGUUAUAAUCACAAUCUUCAGACUUUCAGUUUUUGUCAGUUUUCAGCGUAAAUGGUGUCCACCACUCCCGCCCUAGAUCCAAAUUGCCUUUUUUGGUUGUACUGUAAACGGAUACACCAGUUGCUAUUGCUGACAAAGUAGAUGCUCAAGGAGUGUUUACUGUAGUAUUAAACCACACUUACUGUUACCAUGGAAACCGGACUACAAAUAUUAUGACUUUCAGCCCGUUUUGUGUCUUUUCAGGUCUUUUUCUAAAAAGCUAAGUAUGAUCAGUAUUUCAGGCUAGCAUACAGUGUAGAGAACAACUGCUUAUUUUUAUGUAGACUAAACAUUCUGUACAAGCCAACAGUGUUUUAUAUGUAAGGGAUAAACCAUGAUAAGGUGUGCAGUUAUUAAAAAACAAACAAUGCUAAAAAUG